GAUAUGAGAGCGGCGAGCGACGUUGGUUCCGGCGAGUUGGUCGCAAGGCAACGGAUCGUCAGCGUCGGACUGCUGCUCUUGUUGCAGGCACAGCUCCGCUCUGCGCCGAUACACGUGCCGCUGCCAGCGCCGUCUCAAGGACGUCACUGUCCUUCCGGUUCCACGCGUCGCGGCAUGGCCAUCCUUCGCUCCUGUUGCUGGCUCUCCGUGCGCAAGGGAAGCUUUGUGUGCGCAGUCUACACGCUCAUAUUCUACACCAUGUUGGUCAUCACUGGAGCGUUUCAUGCCAGCUCCGUGUUGCACUCACCUGUGGGCUUCAUGUUGAUCCUCAUACUUCUCGUUUUCUCUGGGCUGUGCAUAAUAUUCUCGAUGGUUCUUAUCAUCGGACUUUUCCUGGACAACCGACUUCUUCUGAUUCCGUGGCUGACAGUCGUGUCCAUGACAACAGUGUUGGAUGUUGGCCUCUCCUUGUACUUCAUCACCGGCCUGCGGAUUAACGCCUUCGUCGUGACUAUGUACAUCACUGACUACACACUGUGCUCCGUGAACGUAUACGCCAUACUUUGCGUUCUCUCUCAAUACCAAGAGUACGCCGUCGGACGCAGAGCAACGGGGAAGAAAGCGCGCGCUGCACUUCCUGUACUUUCGGGACCCAGUAACAAACCUGACCCACCAAAAUUGAGCAGCGUCUCUACUCGGCCCAGUAGGAUGCAGCCACAGCCAAAGACAGUCAACGUGUCACAAAACUCGGCGCAAGCAACGCCUCAUGUAGGAGCAGUGUCAGCUGACAAGGUUGUUCCUCUGGAACGGAUACCGGUCCUGCAGAUGAUGCCAGCGAUUCCCGAAAUGUCGACUGCAUUCGCCGGCGGGCAAGAGAUCUCGAGCAGCGUCCCCAUCUCGACGGCUGAGACGUCACUGCAGCCGUUCGCCGAAGAGGCCCAUCACAGACGAAAUGACCUCGUGCUGGAUGUCAGUAAGUUGCAUGUGAGAAACACGGAGGACAGACUGUCUGUGCCCGACACAAGACCGGCACAAGCUGCUACGCCCAAGCAAACCAGACAUGAAGGUGCCGCCCAACCUCGGCUCGUCCUUGAACCAGGCCUGGUCCCUGAACUGCCGACCACCUCCAGCACGGGUGACACAGAUGAUCAACGAGGAAAAAACUCGUAA